AUGGAGAAAGAAGGUCAAAAUUGCAGUUUCACCUAUCAAGAACCAAAUGGAACCGUAGAAAGUCCAGGUUUCCCAUAUGGAUAUCCAAAUUAUGCUAAUUGCACUUGGACUAUUAGUACAGAAGAGCAAAAUCGAAUACAGUUGUGGUUUCAUUCAUUUGCCUUAGAAGAAGACUUUGAUGUCCUAUCUGUAUAUGAUGGGGAGCUAAUAGCUGAAAACCUAAGAACAAGGUUAACAGGCUUUCAUCUUCCAGCUCCGAUCGUGAGUAGUGGAAACCGCCUAAUGCUUUGGUUGGUGUCGGACUACGCAGUCAGUGCUCAAGGGUUCCGCUCUACCUAUGAAGUCUUGCCAAGCCACACAUGUGGAAAUCCUGGACGACUACAGAACGGCCUGCAACAGGGGACAUCAUUUAACGUGGGGGACAAGGUCCGUUACAGCUGCAAUGCAGGGUAUAUACUUGAAGGACAUGCCUUGCUAACCUGCGUUUCAAGCUCCCAGAACAGCGCCUCUUGGGACUUUCCUCUUCCCACCUGUAGAACGGACGAUGCAUGUGGAGGAACUUUAAGAGGCCAAAGUGGAAUCAUCACAAGUCCUCAUUUCCCAUCGGAAUACAAUAAUAAUGCUGACUGCACAUGGACAAUCCUUGCAGAGGUUGGAGAUACAAUUGCCUUGAUCUUCACAGACUUUCAGUUAGAAGAUGCAUAUGACUAUCUGGAAGUCACAGGAACAGAAGGCUCAUCACUCUGGUUUACAGGAUCAGUUUUACCACCUCCAGUCAUCAGCAGCAAGAAUUGGCUACGAAUUCACUUUACAUCUGAUGGCAAUCAUAGACAGAAAGGUUUUAGUGCACAAUACCAAGUGAAAAAACAAAUGGAGAUGAAAUCCAGAGGAGUCAAGCUUCUCCCCAACAAAGACAGCAACCAGAAGACAUCAGUGUUAACUCAGGUGGGUGUUUACCAAGGACACCACUUGUGUCCCGACCCAGGAACUCCAGAACAUGGAAAACGAAUAGGUUCUGAUUUCAGGCUGGGCUCCAGCAUCCAAUUCCUGUGCAAUGAUGGGUAUGAUCUACAAGGUUCCAAAAGCAUCACUUGCAUGAAAGUGAGCGACAUGUUUGCCGCUUGGAGUGAUCACCGACCUAUUUGCAGAGCGAGAAUGUGUGACGCUCAUCUUCGGGGACCUUCUGGGAUAAUCACAUCCCCUAACUACCCAGUUCAGUAUGACAGCAAUGCACACUGUGUGUGGAUCAUUACAGCCAUCAAUCCUUCUAAGGUGAUCAAACUUACAUUUGAAGAAUUUGAGCUCGAGAGAGGGUAUGACACCCUCACAGUCGGAGAUGGUGGGAAGGCCGAAGACCAAAAGUCUGUACUCUAUGUACUGACGGGGGCCAGCGUUCCUGAUCUGAUAGUGAGUUCCAACCACCAGAUGUGGCUUCUGUUCAGGACUGACUCUUCAGGAAGUAACUUGGGAUUUAAGGCUUCUUAUGAAGAAAUAGACCAGGGGAGCUGUGGGGACCCAGGAAUUCCAGCAUUCGGAACGAGAGAAGGAUCAAGAUUCCGACAUGGAGACAGUCUGGUAUUCCGGUGCCAGCCAGCAUUUGAGCUGGUUGGACAGUCAACAAUCACAUGCCAAAAGAACAGCCAGUGGUCUGCCAGAAAACCUAGUUGUGUGUUUUCAUGCUUCUUUAAUUUCACCACCCCAUCUGGAAAUGUUCUGUCUCCGAACUACCCAGAAGAAUACAGCAACCACUUGCACUGUGUGUGGUUGAUCAUAGCCAAGCCCGAGAGUCGCAUCCAUCUGGCUUUCAACGACUUUGAUGUGGAACCCCAGUUUGACUUCCUGGCAGUAAAAGAUGGAGGUUCUCCAGAGUCACCUGUCCUGGGCACUUUCUCAGGGAACCAAGUGCCACCCUCAUUAACAAGCAGUGGUCACGUGUUAAGAUUGGAGUUCCAGACUGACCAUUCCACUGAAAAGCGAGGAUUCAAUAUCACAUUUACUACUUUCAGACACAAUGAAUGCCCCGAUCCUGGCGUGCCAGUGAAUGGAAAGAGAUUUGGAGAGAGUUUGCAGCUGGGGAGCUCUGUGUCCUUCCUAUGUGAUGAUGGUUUUAUCCGGACACAUGGCUCGGAAACGAUCACCUGUAUCUUAAAAGAAGGAAAUGUUGUCUGGAACAGCGCAGUACUGAGAUGUGAAGCUCCAUGUGGUGGCCAUUUGACUGCUCCAAGUGGGAUGAUUCUGUCCCCUGGGUGGCCUGGAUUUUACAAGGACUCCUUGAACUGUGUGUGGGUUCUUGAAGCACAACCUGGAUAUCCCAUAAAAAUCACAUUUGACAAGUUUAAGACUGAAGUAAAUUAUGACACACUGGAGGUGAGAGAUGGAAAGUCUUAUUCUUCUCCAUUGAUUGGGGUCUAUGAUGGUACACAGGUUCCCCAGUUCCUGAUCAGUACUAGCAACUUUCUGUACCUCCUCUUCAGCACUGACAAGAGCCAUUCUGAUGUCGGAUUCCAAAUUCGCUAUGAAACUGUAAAAUUGCAAUCCGAUCACUGCCUUGACCCAGGAAUCCCAGUCAAUGGUCAGCGUCAUGGCAAUGACUUUUAUGUUGGGGCACUUGUGACUUUCAGCUGUGAUUCUGGAUAUACCCUUAGUGAUGACCAGGCUUUAGAAUGUGAGCCCAACUUUCAGUGGAGCAGACCGCUUCCCAGCUGUGAAGCUCUCUGUGGGGGUUAUAUACAGGGAUCAAGUGGAACUAUCUUAUCUCCCGGUUUUCCUGAUUUUUACCCUAAUAACUUAAAUUGUACUUGGACUAUAGAAACGUCACAUGGGAAAGGUGUAUUCUUCACCUUCCACACUUUUCACCUGGAGAGCGGCCAUGAUUUUCUACUCAUCACAGAGAAUGGUAGUUUCAACCAACCAUUGAAACGUCUCACCGGAUCAAGACUACCAGCUCCGAUUAGUGCUGGGUUAUAUGGAAACUUUACAGCACAACUUCGUUUUCUCUCAGACUUUUCCAUGUCCUAUGAAGGGUUUAAUGUCACUUUUUCAGAGUAUGAUCUGGAGCCCUGUGAUGAGCCUGAGGUCCCAGCCUAUAGCAUCCGGAAGGGUCUACAGUUCGGAGUUGGUGAUUCUUUGACAUUCUCUUGCUUCCCUGGAUACCGUUUGGAAGGAGCUUUUCGUAUCACCUGCCUGGGAGGUAGACGGCGUGUGUGGAGUUCGCCUCUCCCAAGGUGUGUUGCUGAGUGCGGCGCAUCAGUCACUGGAACGCAGGGUGUCUUGCUGUCUCCCAACUACCCAGCCAAUUACAGCAACCACCAUGAGUGCAUCUACUCAAUCCAGAGCCAACCUGGGAAAGGUGUACAGCUGAGAGCUCGGACAUUUGACCUUGCACCUGGAGACUACCUAAAGGUCUAUGAUGGGCACAAUAAUUCUGCUCGACUUCUUGGAAAGUUUAGUCUUUCGGAGAUGCUGGGAAGGAGCCUAAACAGCACCUCUAGUGCGCUGUGGUUGGAGUUCAUUACUAAUGCAGAGAAUACCAGUAAAGGAUUUGAACUGUAUUAUUCCAGUUUUGAGUUGAUUAAAUGUGAGGACCCAGGGACACCACUGUAUGGCUACAAGGACAAAGACGAGGGGCAUUUCGCGGGAAGUUCUGUUUCUUUCAGCUGUGAUCCUGGAUACAGCUUACGUGGCAGUCGGGUGUUAGUGUGCUUGACUGGAGAGCGCAGAGUCUGGGACCAGCCUCUCCCCUUAUGCAUAGCUGAGUGCGGAGGUCAUAUCCGUGGAGAGAAAAUGGGCAGAGUAUUGUCCCCGGGGUAUCCUGCACCCUAUGAUCACAAUCUUAAUUGUGUGUGGAUUAUUGAGGCUGAUGCUGGCUGCACUAUUGGAUUGCACUUCUCCGUUUUCCACACUGAAGAUGUUCAUGAUGUUCUGAGGAUAUGGGAUGGAUCUAUGGAGACUGGCAUUCUCAUGAAGGAGCUGAGUGGAUCCACUUUGCCUCCAGAUAUACACAGCACUUUCAGUUCUGUCACCUUACAGUUCAAUACCGACUUCUUUACUAGCAAGCAGGGAUUUUCUAUCCAUUUCUCAGUUACGACAGCUACUUCAUGUAAUGACCCUGGAAUACCUCAGAAUGGGAGUCGAAGUGGAGACAGUCGUGAUGCUGGUGACUCUAUUGUAUUCCAGUGUGACCCUGGCUAUCUUUUAGAAGGAGAAACCAAAAUUAACUGUGUUCAGAUUGCUGAUAGGUUCUACUGGAACCCCAACCCUCCAGUCUGCAUUGCUCCAUGUGGUGGAAAUUUAACUGGACCAACGGGGGUCAUCCUGUCUCCGCAAUACCCUGAGCCUUACCCGCCUUUAAAGGAGUGUGACUGGAAACUGACUGUGUCUUCUGACUAUGUGAUUGCACUCUCAUUUAACACCUUUAAUCUUGAGCCUGGUUAUGAUUUUCUGCACAUCUAUGAUGGCCCAGACUCGCUGAGCCCACUAAUAGGAAGUUUUUAUGGCUCCCAGCUUCCUGACCGGAUAGAGAGCUGCAGCAACAAUCUGUUUAUCGCAUUUCGCAGUGAUGCUUCUGUGAGCAGUGGUGGCUUUGUCAUUGAUUACACAGAAAACCCAAGAGAGUCCUGUUUUGACCCAGGAGUAAUAAAAAAUGGUACCCGUGUUGGGAGUGACUUAAAACUUGGUUCCACUGUAACUUACUAUUGUGAUAGUGGUUAUGAGGUUGAUGGAGCAUCUACUCUAACCUGCGUGAUGGGAGGAGAUGGAAAGCCAGUCUGGAAUUUCCCACGUCCUACAUGUAUAGCCCCCUGUGGAGGACAGUAUGUUAGCCAAGAUGGAAUGAUCCUUUCUCCUAAUUACCCCAGUAACUACACAUCUGGACAGAGCUGCUCCUAUUUCAUUGUUGUUCCAAAGGAUUAUGUGGUUUUUGGGCAGUUCACCUUCUUCCAGACAGCUCUCAAUGAUGUAGUUGAAGUCCAUGAUGGCCCCAGUGAACAAGCUCGUCUUCUCAGCUCUCUCUCUGGAUCUCAUACUGGUGAAUCUCUACCUCUCGCAACUUCCAAUCAGAUUUUAAUUAAGUUCAGUGCCAAGGGACAGGCGACAGCCAAAGGAUUUCAUUUUGCAUACCAAGCUGUUCCUCGUACUAGUGCCACUCAGUGCAGCUCAAUACCAGAACCCAAGUAUGGACGCCGCAUUGGGAAUGACUUCUCAGUUGGAGCUGUUGUCCGUUUUGAGUGCAUUCCUGGCUAUGCAUUGCAAGGCUCCAAGAAUAUUGAAUGCCAGGCAGUGAUUGGAGCCCUGGCACAGUGGAACACUUCAUUCCCCUCUUGUGUUGUUCCUUGUGGCGGCAAUCUGACUGAACGUAAAGGAACCAUCCUGUCUCCGGGUUUCCCUGAGCCAUACUUGAACAGUUUAAACUGCGUGUGGAAGAUCACAGUACCUGAGGGAGCAGGAAUUCAGAUCCAGGUCAUAAGCUUUGGUACAGAGCAAAAUUGGGACUCAUUGGAAGUUUUUGAUGGUGCAGACAACACAGCUACUAUGCUAGGAAGUUUUUCAGGAACCACAGUACCAGCAUUGCUGAACAGCACGUCAAACCACCUAUAUCUGCAUUUCUUCUCUGAUAUCAGUGUGUCUGCAGCUGGCUUUCAUCUGGAAUACAAAACUGUAGGCCUUGCCAGUUGCCCAGAACCAGCUGUUCCUAGCAACGGAGUGAAAACUGGAGAAAGAUACCUUGUGAAUGAUGUCGUUUCCUUCCAGUGUGAACCGGGAUAUACCCUGCAGGGCCAUUCACAUAUUUCAUGUAUGCCAGGGACAGUAAGGCGCUGGAAUUAUCCGCCUCCUCUGUGUAUCGCCCAAUGUGGAGGAGUAACAGAAGAAAUGGAAGGUGUCAUACUGAGCCCUGGAUUCCCAGGAAACUACCCUAGUAAUUUGGACUGCACCUGGAAGAUCUCCUUACCGGUGGGAUUUGGAGCGCAUAUUCAGUUUCUUAGCUUCUCAAGUGAAGCCAAUCAUGACUUUGUGGAGAUCCGCAAUGGGCCACAUGAAACCAGCAGUGUUAUUGGACGGUUCAGUGGGUCGGAGACACCUGGAAAUCUGCUUUCUACAUCCCAUGAAACAUCCAUAUACUUCCAUAGUGACCAUUCCCAGAACAAACCAGGUUUUAAACUUGAAUAUCAAGCCUAUGAGCUUCAAGAGUGUCCAGAUCCAGAACCAUUUUCUCAUGGUGUUGUUCGAGGAGCUGGAUACAAUGUAGGACAAUCAAUCUCCUUUGAAUGUUCUCCUGGUUACCAGCUAAUAGGUCACCCGGUUUUGACAUGCCAGCAUGGCACCAACAGAAACUGGGAUCACCCAUUUCCUAGGUGUGAAGUUCCAUGUGGAGGAAACAUCACUGCCUUCAAUGGUUCCAUCUAUUCUCCUGGCUUCCCUAGUCAAUAUCCAAAUUCUCAGGAUUGUUCCUGGAUCGUUACUGUGCCAGUAGGUUAUGGAAUUCACAUCAAUUUUACUAUCCUGGAGACGGAACCUGUGAAUGAUCACAUCACUAUUUGGGAUGGUCCCUAUCAAACAGAUCCUCAGCUGGGUGUCUUCUCCAGUAGUUCCAGUAAGAGAUCUACUAUGAGCUCCUCCAAUCAGGUCCUUAUCACUUUUCAUAGCAAUGCUGCUAAUGGCGGAAUCUUUGCAAUGUACUUCUAUGGAUACCGACUUCGGAAAUGUAAACCACCGACGACGGUACCAAAUGGAGAGGUUCUAUCUGGUAGUGAGGAAUUUCUAAUGGGUGACAUUGUACGUUAUAAAUGUCUCCCGGGAUUCACAUUGAUGGGGCCAGAGAUUUUGAUAUGUCGACUUGGAACUCGCUUGCAAUUUGAAGAUUUUCCCCCAACUUGUGAAGUACUUUGUCCAACCAAUGAGAUCCUAACCGAUUCCACUGGAGUGAUCCUCAGCCAGAGUUAUCCCGGCACUUACCCUCAGUUCCAGACAUGUUCUUGGCUUAUUAAAGUUGAAGCUGGCUACAAUGUGACACUGACUGUGGAAUAUUUUCUGAGUGAAAAGCAGUAUGAUGAAUUUGACAUUUUUGAUGGACCCUCUGGUCAGAGCACAUUACUUACCUCUCUGAGUGGGAACUAUUCAGCACCCAUGACCUUCAGAAGUACAGGAAACAAGGUCCUACUGCGCUGGAUGUCUGACCAUGCAUAUAGCAGGAAAGGCUUUAAGAUACGCUAUUCAGCUGCAUACUGCAGUCUACCUCGUCCUCCUCUCCACGGCUCUGUACUGGGUCCUGUCAUAAAUCCCCCUGGAGGAGUUGUGCGGUACUCUUGCAAUCCUGGCUAUCGGCUCAUUGGUAUUAACUCGGCUACAUGUCUACGUCGCCCUCAAGGCUAUUAUGACUGGAACUCUGAGGUGCCACUAUGUCAGGCAAUGUUUUGCGGAGUCCCAGCUGCUUCGAAGAAUGGGGCAGUAUUUGGAAAGGAGUACACUGUAGGCACCAAGGCUCUGUAUGAAUGCAGUGAGGGGCACCAUCUUUUGAAUCGAGAAGAUGCAGUUGCAGAGUGUCUAUCUUCUGGGCACUGGAGCAAUGGCAACAAUCCUCCACAAUGUAUACCCGUCACAUGUCCAGAAAUCAACAGUUUAAACACAGAACACGGUCGCUGGCGUCUUAUCCUUAAAACUCAGUAUCUGUAUGGUGCUGAGCUCAUGUUAAUCUGUGACCCUGGCUACUACUACAUGGGACCUCGCAUUAUUCGCUGUCAAGCUAAUGGAUCUUGGAGUGUGGGGGAGAACGUGCCAACCUGCAACAUUAUCUCCUGUGGGGACCUGCCAACUCCUGCUAAUGGUAAUAAAAUUGGUAUGUUGACACAGUAUGGGGCAACUGCCAUAUUUGCCUGUAAUAGUGGAUACACCCUGGUGGGGUCCCGUGUGCGAGAAUGCAUGGCAAAUGGGUUGUGGAGCGGACAAGAAGUCAAGUGCUUGGCUGGUCACUGCGGGACCCCAGAACCUAUAGUUAAUGGCUUCAUUAAUGGACAAAACUAUAAUUAUCGAGACAGUGUGGUAUACCAAUGCAAUGCAGGCUUUAGAUUGAUUGGAAAGUCUGUCAGAAUAUGUCAGCAAGACCACCGAUGGUCAGAGAGGUCCCCCAUAUGUGUCCCAAUCACAUGUGGACAUCCUGGAAAUCCUGGAAAUGGAAUUACUCAGGGAUCCCAGUUUAACCUGAAUGAUAUAGUGAAGUUUGGAUGCAACCCUGGAUAUGUCUUAGAAGGUGUAACUCAAGCUCAAUGCCAUGCCAAUGGGCAGUGGAGUCAUGCCCUGCCAACAUGCAGAAUCCUAAAUUGUACAGAUCCUGGGCAUGUUGAGAAUGGCCUCAGACGGGUUCUACAGAGAGGUCCAGAUCGAUUCAGCUUUGGUACAUCUGUGUCCUAUGAGUGCAGCCAUGGUUACUACUUAAUGGGAACACAUGUUCUUUCCUGCCAGGGAGAUGGCACUUGGGAUCGUGAUCUCCCCAGCUGCCACUUAAUCUCUUGCGGUUCCCCUGGCGUUCCGCCCAAUGCCCAGGUUUCAGGAAGAAGGUACACUGUUGGUUCUGCCGUCCAGUAUAGCUGCCUUGGCAAACGAAUCGUUAUUGGGAACGCCACCCGUAUUUGCCAAAUGAAUGGGCGCUGGAGUGGUUUCCUACCUCACUGCUCAGGCGGGAGUGCCAGUGAGUGUGGGGACCCUGGAGUGCCAUCACAUGGACUUCGACAAGGCAAUGAGUUUACCAUUGAUAGUGUGGUACGGUUCAGUUGUGAAGCUGGAUACAUCCUGCGGGGGUCUGCAGAGAGAAAAUGCCUGGUCAAUGGGUCGUGGAGUGGAUUCCAGCCAGAGUGUGAAGUGGUUUCAUGUGGAAAUCCAGGAACCCCCAGCAAUUCACGGGUGAUAUUCAAUGACGGCCUGGUGUUCUCCAGCUCUAUUGUAUAUGAAUGUCGUGAGGGUUACUACUACAGUGGGCCUCUGAGAAGGGACUGCACUGUUAAUGGCACGUGGGCCGGCACUGCUCCUGAGUGCACAGUAAUCAAUUGUGGGGACCCUGGAACUCCAGCUAAUGGUAUCCGACUGGACAAUGAUUUCAGCUACAAUCGCACAGUAUCAUUCCAGUGUUUGCCUGGAUAUAUGAUGGAGUCAGAUCGUGCGAGAACACUUUCCUGUACAAAAGACCGCACCUGGAAUGGAACAAAACCAAUCUGCAAAGCUAUUACUUGCCCACCUCCUCCAUCCAUCCCUAAUGGGAAGGCAGUAGGAUCUGACUUUUUAUGGGGUUCCAGCCUUUCCUACACUUGUUUAGAAGGUUAUCAGCUGUCUUUACCAGCUGUUUUGACAUGUGAAAGCAACAGGAGCUGGGUAGGGGAGGUCCCCCAAUGCUUCCCUGUGUUCUGUGGUGAUCCUGGCAUUCCUGCUCAUGCUCGGAGAGUGGACAGAGGGUUUAGCUACCGGUCAUCCAUUUCUUUUUCAUGCCCUCCUCCUCUGGUCUUGGUGGGAUCAUCAAGAAGAUUUUGUCAAUCAGAUGGCUCUUGGAGUGGAACUCAGCCAAGCUGCAUUGAUCCCUCCCACACAACCUGUUCUGAUCCAGGGAUCCCAACUUUCGGAAUGCAGAACAGCUCUCAAGGAUUCCAGGUUGGCGGUACUGUAUUAUUCAAGUGUCAGAAAGGGUACCUACUACAAGGCUCUACUACACGGACCUGUCUUCCCAACUUGACUUGGAAUGGGGUGCAGCCAGAAUGCAUUCCCCACAACUGCAGGCAGCCUGAGACCCCUCCUCAUGCCAACGUUGGAGCACUAGAUCUGCCAUCUUUGGGCUACACCUUGAUUUAUACAUGCCAGCCUGGCUAUUAUUUGACUGGAGGUUCUGAACAUAGAACCUGCAGGAUGGAUGGAAGCUGGACAGGGAAGCCCCCUGUGUGUCUCGCUGAUGUGAGGCCCAGUGGAAAACCUCUCUCUCCAGCUAAGGAGCCUCCUAUCCAAAAAGCCUCAGUUCCUGCAGAUGUCUUUGCUAAGGAUUCACUUUGGAAAGGAUCUUAUGAAUAUCAAGGAAGGAAGCAGCCAGCCAUGCUUACAGUCACCAGUUAUGAGGUUGUUAGCAGUAAAGUGAAUGCUACCAUGAUCGAUCACAGUGGGGUAGAGCUUCAAGUGUCCGGUGUUUUCAAAAAGGAAGAAUUCCACCUCCUUCUCCAGGCAUAUCAGAUUCGUGGGCCAAAGGACAUUGUCAUGGAGAAAUUCAAGAUGGAGAGCUGGGCUUUGGACGGACAUGUGUCAUCUGAAUCUGAUGGAGGAACAUAUGUUUAUCAGGGCUUUGUACGUGGGAAAGGAUUUGGGCAGUUUGGACUUCAAAGGAUAGACAGGCGAUUACUAGAAAAUAGUCCUGACACCAUAGGGCAUUUCCCAUCCAACAGCAGCUCUGUGGCAGCUGCUAUCCUUGUGCCUUUUAUAGCUCUCAUCAUUGCUGGUUUUGUUUUAUAUCUCUACAAACACAGGAGAAGACCCAAGGUCCCGUUUAACGGGUUUGCUGGACAUGAGAAUACAAAUGGUCGGGCCACAUUUGAGAAUCCCAUGUAUGAACGAAAUGUGCAGCCUACAGAAAUUGUGGCAAAUGAGACAGAGUUUACAGUUAGCACGGUGUGCACUGCUGUAUAG